CAUGCAGACAAGAACCUGGAUACUGGCGCUGACUUUAUUUAUGGGCAUCUGUUUGAAGACAACUGCAGAACCACUUCGUGCUCAGUGCAAAGUUAUAUGCUGCAACAGACAAGGAGAUCAACUAGAAGACAUCGGAUUGUUUGGUAACUAUGCAGUUUUUGAACGAAGUCUGCCUAUUUUCGGCUUCUGGUGUUUAUAUUUUUUUCUGUCGCAGGGAAUUUCCUUCUCCGAAUCAUGGGCUAUGCUGGCAGACAAUGGCAUGAACUACUGCACCUUUUAUAACCUGAUCGAGGGAAGUGGGCUGGUAGAUGUUGAAGGUUAUAAGGAGUACACAAAUGAAUGGAUUUGUCUAGCAUAUUCGACCGCCAACUGCACCAUCUACUGA